UCCUCACCUACCCUCCCUCCUUCUUCACUCGAUUAGAAUAUAUAACAGCAUAUACAAGAAACCUCUAGCCAUCAUAUUGUCACCAUGGGGAAAACUGUAGCUCCUCUGCAACUUUUGGUGGGUUGGUGCAACACCAGUUCUGACACUAAAGAUGGUACAUAUAAGAUGAAGAAAUAUGGUUAUGAUAAACUAGCAAAUGCAACUGGUCUUUUCAACAGCGACUGCCUCCUUGGCGAGGGUGGUUUUGGUCAAGUCUUUAGGGGAAAAUUAGAUGGUGAAGUUGUUGCUAUCAAGAAACUUAAAAUAAUAAAGCUGGAUAGUAAAUGGGAGGAGAGUGAGUUCCUUAGCAGUGUGAGACACCCAAAUAUUGUUAAGAUGAUUGGGCACUGCAGUGAGGGAAAAAAUAGAUUGCUCGUUUUAGAGUUUGUUCCUAAUAAGACCUUGACAUAUCAUUUACAUGGUCAUGGAAAAAAAAAGAAAAUUUUGAACUGGUCAAAAAGAAUGAAAAUUGCCUUACAAUCGGCAAAAGGGUUGCUAUAUCUGCAUGAAUCCUGCGAACCUCAAAUUAUACAUCGAGAUAUCAAAGCAGAUAAUAUUCUUCUUAAUUAUAAUUUUGAACCAAAGGUGGCAGAUUUUUCGCUUGCUAAUUUUCUGCCAAAUACCGAUGGUGUUACCCACAUCACUAGCAUAAUUAAGGGAACUAGCGUUUAUGCAGAUCCAGAAUAUGGCGAUGUUCAAAAAAUUUCAGAAAAGUCAGAUAUCUACUCUUUUGGAGUUAUACUUUUAGAAUUAAUUACAGGAAGAAAAAUUUUGAUUCAAGACAUUUCUAUCGUUGAAUGGGCUAAGGAUUGGAUUAAACAAGCUUUGAACAAUAAUGACUAUGCCAAUCUCGUUGAUUCCAAAUUGAGAGACUCGUAUGACAAAGAAGAAAUGAGAAGAAUGAUUUAUUGUGCUUAUACUUCUGUGUAUAAAUCUUCACAAUUUCGGCCAAAAAUGAAACAGAUAGUUGAAGUUCUUGAAGGAAGUAUGCUUCCCGAGAAGUUAAUGGAUGGGAACGACGGCAGCGUAGCUUUACACGAUGAUAUACCUCAAAUACAUAAGCUGAAGGAAUAUGAUUUUCGACAACUAUCAGAGGCAACUGAUUAUUUCUCCAACAAUCUCCUUCUUGGCGAGAGUGGUUUUAGUCAAGUCUUCAAGGGAACAUUAGAUGGUGAAGUCGUUGCUAUCAAGAUGCUUAAAAGAAAGCUGGAAAAUAAAUUGGAGGAGAUUGAGUUCCUGGGCUUUGUGAGACACCGAAAUAUUGUUAAGAUGAUCGGGUACUGCAGUGAGGGACAAAAUAGAUUGCUUGUUUUAGAGUAUGUUCCCAACAAGACCUUGGCAUAUCAUUUACAUGGAACAAACACGAUUUUGAAUUGGUCAAAGAGAAUGAAAAUCGCCGUACACUCAGCAAAAGGGUUGCUGUAUCUUCAUGAAGACUGUAAACCUAAAAUCAUACAUCGAGAUAUCAAAACAGAUAAUAUCCUUCUUGAUAAUGACUUUGAACCAAAGGUCGCAGGUUUUUCGCUUGCAAAUUUUUUGCCGGAUAUUGAUGAUGUUACCCACAUCACCAGUCUAUUGAGGGGAACUAAUGUUUAUGCAGAUCCAGAAAAUGGUAAUAUUCAAGAAAUAUCAGAGAAAUCAGAUGUUUAUUCCUUUGGAGUUGUACUCUUAGAAUUAAUUACUGGUAGAAGACCUAUCGAUAAACAAGGCAAUAACAUUAUUAAUUGGGCAAAGGAUCGAAUUGGACAAGCUUUGAACAAUAAUGACUAUGUCGAUCUUGUUGAUUCCAAAUUGGGAGAGUUGUACGACAAAGAAGAAAUAAGAAAAAUGAUUUGUUGUGCUGCCGUUUCGAUUUAUAAACCUGCACUUUUUCGACCAAGAAUGAAAGAGAUUGUUGAAGUCUUAGAAGGGUCUAUGCCAUUGAAAAGUAUAGGGCUAAACUCGACUUCCAUAAGCCAUCUUUCAUCAUUUACUAUGGCUUCUAGUUCUUCGACCCUUUCCCAACGGAAGACAUGGGAUGUAUUUAUUAGUUCUAGAGGGAAUGACGAUGUCAGUAAAGGUUUUCUCAGCCAUCUCCUUAAUGCUUUGCAGCAAAAAUAUAUCAAUACCUUCGUGGAUAACACACUUCGUGAAGGAAAAGAGAUUUCACCAGCUCUCUUGAAAAUAAUCGAAGAAUCAAGUGUGGCAGUAGUCAUUUUAUCUGAAAAUUAUGCAGGUUCUGCAUGGUGCUUGGAAGAGCUUGUGAAAAUACUUGAAUGCAAGCAAGCAUUAGGACAAAUAGUCCUACCAGUUUUUUACGGUGUAGAUCAAAGUGAUGUUAGAAAGCUGAGAGGUAGUUUUGAAAGGGCAUUUGUCAGGCUUACAGAGAACCUUAAAGACUCUUUACACAAGGUGGAUAGAUGGAGCCAUGCUUUGAGGGAAAUAAGCAACUUAUCGGGAUGGGACUCAAGAUAUAUCAAGCCUGACUCCAAGUUAAUUGAGGAAAUUGUCAAUGACAUUUGCAAGAAAUUAAGUCAUGUGCUUCCAAGUGAUUCUCAUAACGACAAUUUAGAAAUCUACCCAACAGAAGAAAGCACGAGUUCGGCAGAUGAAGAUGAUUAAGUCUCCUCAGGUGCGAUUAAUAUAUACAACUCUCUGUUCCCUUUUCAUAUAUCGACAUCGUCAUCAAUGCUUAUCGCUGCACUUGCCUCCUUUUGUUCAAUUGGUUUUUAUAGUUUUUUAUUUAUAGAUAUGGUUUGUGAUUUUGUAAAUUUGAGUUGUGCAUAGAACUCCUCUCUUUCCUUCUGAUUUGAUGAAUUUUGAGUGUACUUCUCUGUACACAAGUACUGUGUGGCUUGAUUACGGUUAUUGACUGAUUUUCUGGCUUUA